AUGGAUACCAAGGGAAAGAACACCGUCCAAAAUGGAAAGUUCCAGGGGAAAGAUGUACACUUGCUGCAGUUGGUGAAGGAGCAGAAGGGAAAAAAGAAGAAAAGAAAAAAGAGCAAAGACAAAGACCCCUCAGAAAAUGAUGGGAUGGAUGAGACCGUAAGUAGCAUACCAGAAGAGGAAGCCGAGGGAACUCACAAAACCAAAAAGAAGAAAAAACAUGAUAAAGGUAGACAGAAUGAAGAAUGCCCUCCAGUUGCGGAAAUCAUCACAGACAUUCAGGUGAAAAAGAAGCACAAAAAAUCAAAGUAUGUCCAGAGAGAUCCUGAAGAGGAACCAAAUUUCUAUGAGAAAGAAAAUAUGCAAGCAGAAGUAAAUGCAAAAGUUCAAAGCAGUGAAGAUGAAAAAAAGACAAAGAAAAAGAAGAAAAAGAAACAUCAUAGAGAAUUAAGUGAAGACCAAGAAUUAAGUAAUAGAGAAGAAAGUAGUAUUCAUAGUGGCCCAGGCCCUGCUGCCUGGGGCUUAUAUCGUCACCCUAGCAAUUGCGCAAAACCCCUCAUGCCAAAAUACCAGCAUCCCUUGCCAUUCUUCAUGAUACUAUGA